AUGAAACUAUUAAAUAAGGGCGGACCGAAGAAUGGAGUAAUGCUUACAUUUGCUUGCUCAACCUCGCCGCUUAUAGGAAGAGUUGGGUUGCAGAGAAGAGAAGGCAACGUUUCUUUAUUGCAUUUUGGGAUUAACCCAAAUGCAGAGGCAGCAAAGACUGAUUCUUCUCAGGUCUUAUCAGCUAUGCUUCCUUUUGUCGUUGCUGUCACUGCAAUAGCUGCUCUUGCUCAACCUUCCACAUUCACCUGGGUAUCUAAGGAAUUGUAUGCUCCAGCUCUUGGUGGGAUCAUGUUAUCAAUUGGGAUUAAACUUUCCAUUGAUGAUUUUGCUCUUGCAUUUAAAAGACCUUUACCACUAUCUGUUGGGUUUAUCGCGCAGUAUGUGCUCAAACCAGCCCUUGGAGUAUUAGUUGCAAAGGCUUUCGGGAUGUCUCAGAUGUUCUUCGCGGGUUUUGUCCUAACAUCUUGUGUUGCAGGAGCUCAGUUAUCCAGCUAUGCCAGUUUCUUGAGUAAAGGCGACUUAGCCUUGAGCAUUCUCCUUACUAGCUCCACUACCAUUGCAUCAAUUCUUGUCACACCUCUUUUAACUGGUCUUCUCAUUGGCUCUGUUGUUCCUGUUGACGCGAUUGCCAUGUCGAAGUCAAUCUUGCAAGUUGUCCUUAUUCCAGUCACGCUUGGCCUCAUGCUAAAUACCUAUGCAAAGCCAGUUGUAAACUUACUGAAACCUGUGAUGCCGUUUGUUGCUAUGGUGUGCACCUCGUUGUGUCUUGGGAGCCCACUAGCAAUAAAUAGAAGUCAGAUUCUUUCCGGAGAGGGUCUCCGGUUGAUUUUUCCAGUGUUGACAUUUCAUGCAGUGGCAUUCACUUUGGGAUAUUGGGUCUCCAAAAUUCCAGCUUUGAGGCAAGAGGAAGAAGUUAGCAGGACAAUUUCAUUAUGUACAGGCAUGCAAAGCUCCACCCUGGCAGGACUUCUUGCCACCCAGUUCCUAGGGAGCACUCAGGCUGUGCCGCCAGCAUGCUCUGUAGUUGCCAUGGCGAUCAUGGGUCUUUGUCUUGCCUCUUUCUGGGGUAAUGGCUUCCGGAUAAGAGACCUUCCAUCCCACCUGAUCCCUCAAUUUGGUUCUACUGUCAAGGUUUAG